CAAAGGUGAUGGUACUGCUUGCAUUGCUGACUUUGGUCUUUCUUUGAUGUAUUUGGAGGUUAUAAGCACCUCUCAGGCUUCCUGGACUUUGAAUCUCAAAGGAAAUGUGCGAUGGAUGGCUCCCGAGUUACUUGUACUGGAGCGGGAGGAUGGAUCUCCAGCACAGCCAAGCAAGCAGAGUGACAUCUUUUCUUUUGGCAGUAUCAUGCUGCAGGUCCUCACAAACAAGAUUCCCUAUUAUUAUCUCCUGAAUGAUCCUGCUGUUAUCUUGGCUAUGCAUAAGUCAGAAAAGCCUUCCCAAUCUCAUUAUCCUGUGCUUCUUGAAAAGCAUUGGCAGUUCAUCGAGCAAUGUUGGUCAACUGAUCCAAGGGACCAUCCAUUGAUGGAGAGAGCUGACGACAUGAUCAGGAAUGAAUUUUAUUCACUGUCCAGAUCUUGUUGAUUCUUGAACCGGUUUAUUCAACAAUUUAUUUGCAGUACAACCAAAUAGACAGCAUGAUGCACAGUAACUAAUGUAGGGUCAACUGCAGACUUCUUUUGUAUUGUAAUAUCACAACAUACUGGACUUACCAGUACCAUGUACACUAGUUCUGGCCUCCCACAGCAGACCUCAUGCAAUAUAUUCUCCUCUAUGAGUUAGUCAAUAUACUGUCC